AAACCUUUAACUUCAAAACGAGCAGAACAAGUCGCAUGUGUGUUAUUAGAUAUUUUUUGUUUAUUUGGUGCGCCCGCUUCUCUUCAAUCUGACAAUGGCAGGGAAUUUUGUAAUGAACUAAUUAAUUCAUUGCGUGAGAUGUGGCCUGAUUUAAAUAUCGUUCACGGGAAACCACGGCAUAGUCAGUCGCAGGGCAGUGUUGAACGAGCCAAUCAAGAUAUUGAAAAUAUAUUGACAACUUGGAAUACUUGGAUGCAAGAUAAUAACACCAAUAAAUGGAGUGAAGGACUCAGAUUCGUUCAAUAUAUGAAAAAUAAAGCCUAUCAUUCUGGAAUUAAACGAAGCCCAUACAAUGCGAUGUUUGGAACUGACCCUAAAACUGGCCUAACGUCAAGUAUAUUGCCACACACUAUAUUACAAGAAAUACCAUCAACCGAAAAUAGAAAACGCAAACAAACAGAAGAUGACAAAAUGCAAGAGACUACUUAG